CUUAAAAAUGAAUUGAAGGAUAAUGCAAAAUGGAUCUGCACGACAGCCGAUGGGUGGACGUCUAGAAGAAGAUCAUUUAUUGGAAUCACUGCCCAUUGGCUAAAUCAGAAUCUGAAAAGACGUUGUGCAUGCCUAGCUGUCCGCCGAGUUGUUGGCACGUGUGAUUAUGACGUUAUUGCGAAGCUUCUUGAAUCGGUGUAUGAGGAGUUCGACAUCUUGGACAAAGUUAUUGCGACCAUCACUGACAACGGAAGCAACUUUGUCAAGGUCUUUCGUUUUAAUGGAUCGAAUUCCAAGCACUAGAUGAUUACCCCCACUGUAACUACAGUACCUGCACCGGCCAUGACUGUACGAGCGAGCACAUCUAGUGCUAAUAAAUCAAAUCGACUGGUUAAAGAAGAUGCUGAUAUUUUGGAUGUGCUUGACGAGGAAAAUUCUGAAUUUGACGAAACAGACGACGAUUGGGAUGAUAUCGGUGGUGACCAUGUGGUUGACGACCGAGAAUUAGUCGAAAGGAAAGACGAGGACCCUCAUGAUGAGGAACACGAACGCCACGAAUCAGAUAUAUUUGAUCAAACUAUUUCUUUGACGGGCAUUUUAGAUGAACGUUUCACAUCUGAGAACGUCUACGUCUUUCCACCACAUCGACGCUGUGCAUGUCACACGUUGAACCUUAUCUGCAAAUGCGAUAUUUAUAAGAACAUGGAACCUUCUCUGAAGAAACUUUUCGAAUCAACAGAUAAGAAAUUUAAGGCAAUAUGGGCCAAACAAAAUCGAAGCGCCAAAGUUUCUGAUAAUAUCCGCAAGCCCCUCGGCAAACUGUUUAUUAUAAAUAAUGAGACCAGGUGGAAUUCGUACUACAAUGCCAUAAAACGAGGCAAACAUUUCAUCAAUAAGAAGCGUUCCGAGCUUAAAGCUCUUUUUGAAGUCUAUGGUAUUCAGUAUUUUCGCCCGGCCGAAGAAGAACUGGUGCGUGAAUACGUGAAGAUAAUGAAACCUAUGUCAGAAGCUCUGGAUGUCCUUCAAGCGGAUGUGAAGGUUUCGAUCGGAUAUCUCUUGCCAACGCUGCCAUUCUUACUCAAAAACUUGAGAUGCUGCUUGGUAAUAGGACGAUUAAGCAUUGCAAAUCCCUCGUCAGAGUAAUGAUUUCGUCAAUCAACACUCGCUUCCAAGACUGUUUUGAGGACCAGAAAUUAAUCUUAGCAGCCAUUUUGCAUCCUCGCUUCAAAAACAAAUGGAUUUCGAAGGAAGAUAGGGAGAAGAAGACACAGCUACUAAUGAAUACCUUUAAGUCACACAAACAAGAUCCAGUGUGCAGUACGCAAGUGAGCGACAAUAGGAAACGAGGAGCAACAGAAGAUGCCAGUGAAUCUCAAGACAGCGACUUCAGCCCAAGAAGAAAAAAAAAAUAAAAAUGAUUUCUUUAAGAGAUUGUUUGAUCCAGUUGAUGCUUAUGUGGAUAAUGAAAUUUAUCUUUAUUUGUCGGAUAAUUCAAAAAAACUUUCAAGUCUGAAGAAAUAUCCGACUUUAAAACAGCUUUUUCUGAAAUACAACGCAGCACUCCCGUCCUCCGCAUCUGUGGAACGUUUGUUCAGCCUUGCUGCAAGGAUCUUUGUACCGCUG